CGGUGGAAGCGGAAGCCGAACGCUAGGUCCGGGAACAGUUCCUGCACGAGGGGGGGUCUAUAGAAUCUCUCCCUCUCUUGCUCCGCCUGCCUUCUCUACUUUCUCCUCGGCUCUAUUUCUCUGGUGUCUUCUCUCUCUUUCUUUCGUUUCCUCUCUUCUGUUUUUCGAUUCUACUCGCACCCAUCCAUCACUAGAAGUUGGUCGCUUAAGCCAGGAGAAUCCUUUUUGGGUUGUUUUCUUUUGAUUUCAACAGAUUUAUUUUAGUUCUGAUGCUGAUGUUCGCUGGAUCUUGUCAGCUCUGGCAUCGGUUUUUCUGCAAUCAGUCUGCUGGAUUGGUGGAUUUUCUCUGGUCGGAGCCUCUAUGUGUUAGCUUUCCGACCUGUGAGUGUGCUGCUCAACACUGGUGGACUCACCGUUGUUUGUUAGUCGGUACUUUGUUGGGGGCCAUUGAAAUUGAAGCAUCGAGGGGAUUGGAGUGGAUGCUUGAUUGAAGGAAGGUCGUCAAGUUUGUAGCAUUGUCAAAAGGUGAUAUAUUUGUGAUAAUUUCUUUAAAAAAAUGGAGCUUUCUUUGGACAUGGAUUUUUCAGAAUUAGGAUUUGGAAGCAUUCAAAAUCAAAAUGAAGAACCUUUCAAUGCAAGACAAUGUAAGAACUUGUUGCUUACAUUAGAAAAAAGAUGGAAAGACAUAAAGACAAUUAUUGGACCUCAUGUUCAUAUUUUUCUACCACUAUUGGAAGAUUUAUUUCGAAUUAUUGUGAAGGCAAAGGGAGUGGUGGCAAGUUGUAUAGGAAAUUGGCAACUUAUUGCAUUAUUGCAAAGGUCAAACAAAGAAACAUUUCGAGAGAUUCUUUUAGAAUUGGAGUGGUUUUACAAUAUGCUUUGUGAGGUUGCUAAUAAAAAAGGACUUUGUACAAGAUUAGAGCGUGAAAAGUGUGUUCAAUUUGAUCCAUGCAAUUUGGAAGAAAUUGAGCAAGAUGAAGAAGAAUUAUAUGCAAGAUUACGAAAUGAAGCAAACAAGGCUUUUAAUGAUUCAAAUGAUUCAAAAUUAAUCAAUUACAUAUUACAAUGGCAAAGUUGCAUUCAACAAUAUGAAAGUGGGGUUGUGGAUAAAAUGAAACUUCCUUUGGAAUUUCCUCUUCCAAACUUUGGAGAAUGUCCCACAAUCUUAAAGGGAGAUAAUUUUGUGGUUGUAAGUGUGACGACAUGGUUGGGUUUCAAAAGUAUCACAAAAACCAUAUCAUUUGAAGGUCAUCAUGCAAAUAACAUUAUUGAAAAAGAAGCUCAUAUCUUAUCAAGUUUGAAUCAUCCCAAUAUCAUUAAGGUGUUUUAUUGUGGUUAUUAUUUUGAAUCAAGGAAUGUUGGAAAGUAUAUUAUUGGUAUGGAGAAAGGUAAUACAAACCUUGCAAGCUUGUUAUUUGAAGAUAAAACUUUUGAAUUAUCAUUGAUGAGCAAAAUUGACAUGAUGUUACAAAUUGCAAGUGGAAUGUGUUAUCUCCAUGAUGUGAAGGUAGCUCAUCGUGAUUUGAAGCCUGAGAAUGUUGUAGUAAUGGACUUUGAAAUUGAGAAAAUAAAAAAUGGAGGUUACUUACAUUUAAAGUUGAUUGACUUUGGUACAUCCAAAGUUAAAGUGAAAGAAUAUGAAGUUCCUACAAGGGAGUGGCCAUAUGGAACACGUGGUUAUAUAGCUCCAGAAGCAAUGAGGCCUAAGUAUGGACCAUUUGUGGAAAUAGAUGCCUUUAAAGCAGAUGUAUUUAGCUUUGGAAUGAUGUGUUGUGAUAUUUUGAUACAAGAUAGACAUGAUUUUGAUGAUAAGGAUAUUCCAAAAAAUGUGAAAAGUAAAAUGAUGAGCUUGCAAAGCAUCAAUUGUCAUAAAAACCUCAUAGCAAUAAUCAAAGAGUGUUUGAUCAUUGAAAAUCCUUCAAGAAGACCUUUAUUUCAUGAAAUUUGUGAGAAAUUGAAGGAAUGCAAAAAAGUGAUAUUAGAAGAAACAAUAGAAAAUACAUUAGUUGCAUCAAAUUCCAAGGUGCAAGUAUGGAAGAAAUGUUCAUUGAAUUGUAUUCAAUUGCCACAAAUAUGGAACAUGCAUACAAUUUGGAUAUUUUUUGUGACCUUGUGUGAAAAUCAAAGAAAAUCCAAUAAUAAUUAUUUGAAUAUUUCCAAUAAUGUCAUAAAUUUCCAAUCAAGUUUACAAAUGAGAAUUGUGGAGUUAGAAAAAAAUUUUUUACAAAAUGACAUAGUUGGUGUAGUUGGAAUACCUGGUAUAGGAAAGACAACAUCGGUAAGGAAUUUCCACAUUUAUAUUGAUAGAAAAAUAAGCAACAAAAACAUAUCUUCAUUAUAUGGAAAGAAUAGUAAGGUAGAAGCAUCUUUUGAUGAUAUAUCUUCUCUACAAAAUAUAAUCAUGUGGGACUUGAAGAAUGAUUAUUUGGUAGAAUUAAACAAGAUCUUGAAAUCUUUGGAUGUAAAAGAUGAAGCAAAAGAUCUCAUUGAAGGAAAACAAUUAUUAGCAAAAGAGCUUCAUAUUAAGAAUUAUCUUUUAAUUCUUGAUGACAUACCUAAUUUUGAGGUUUUGCAACAAUUGAUAGAUGUUACAAUGUUUGAUAAAAAAAGGAGCAAAUUGAUAGUGACAAGUCGCAAAUCGGAUGUUUUGAAAAACUAUAUAAGUGAAGGAGGUAAAAUGGAAUUACUUUCACUCACCAAAAAUGAAGCUAUGGAGAUAUUUUCUAAACAUGCUUUUGAAGAUGAAUGUUCCAAAAUACCAUAUUUAGAUAAAAUAUCUAUUGAGAUAGUCGAUGCUUGUUCAGGACAUCCUUUGAGUUUAGAAAUUGUAGGUUCUUCUUUGAAUGGACAAACAAGAAUUCGUGUGUGGGAACAAGCUUUGCAAAGACUUAAAAGAGCAAUGAUAUGUCACAAUUCUAAUGACAUUUGGACAAGACUAAAGCCUUAUUUUGAUGACCUCAACAAUAAAGAAAAGACCAUGUUUUUGGAUAUAGCAUGCUUUUUUAGCAAAGAUAUAUGGUCUGAGAUUAUUCCAAAACAUACAAUUAUUCACUUUUAUGAAUAUGAGAUUGAAAAUCCUAAUAGCAUUCUUCUAAGCUUAAAAGAAAAAUCAUUCAUUAAAAUUGAUGAGUAUGGAAUCAUAAGCAUUCAUGAUUUAUUACGUGAUAUGGGUCGAAGAGUUUCUAGAGAAGAAUUUGAUGGAGUAAGGAAAUGGAAUGAAAGUAAUGAAUCAUUUACCAAUUUUAAUCAUGAGGAUAUUAAUAAUGCUAGAGGCAUUUGUUUUGUACAACAUGGAAAUUAUUUAAAGUCCCAUAUUACUAAAAAUAUUCAAUUACCAUAUAUGUAUUUAUUGAGUUUUAUGAAAUGUACAAGUCUAAAGAUGAUAAAUCCAAUUAUAGAACAAUCUAUUCAACUAAAGUGGUUGAGGAUUCAAUUUCUUGAAAAAGAUUCCAUGUUGAUAUUUGAAGAUAAUAUGAAAGUAUUUCAAGACAUCAUACAAUACAAACAUAUGACAAAAUUGGUUGUAUUAGAAUUAAUUGGCUUUACAUUUUUGAGAUCAUUUACCAUAGAUACAUUUAUUAUGAUUAAUUUAAAAACUUUGAAUUUGAAAAAUUGUUCAAACCUCAUAAAUUUAGAUAUUAUUGGAAAAACAAAAAUAAGAUUGGAAAAUAUUGAUUUAGAAGGAUGCACAAGUUUGGAAGAUAUUACAAAUGUGGUUGAAAAUGUAAAGACACUAAAGUAUUUAAAUUUGAAAUUUUGUACAAAAAUAAAAAGCAUAGGUAAUGAGGUACAUCAUGAAUCUUCUCUAAUUGAGAUAUAUUUAGAAGAUUGUAAAAGUUUGUAUGAAAUAUGUGAAGCCUUUGAAAAGUUGACGAAACUUGAAGUAUUUGAAGUCAAAAAUUGUAUUAAUCUAGACAAAAUACUUGCAAGGAUGAAUGGUCUAAAAGAACUAAAAAUAUUAAAUCUAAAAGGAAGUAAAAAUUUAAAAGAGAUGCCUUUAGGUAUAAAGAAUUUUUCAAAGUUAAAUAAAUUAUCAUUUAAAAAUUGCAAAAAUAUGAAGAUAGUACAAGAUGUAUUUGAAGGAUUAUCAUCAUUAAAUGUCUUGAAUAUGAGUGGAUGUGAGCAAUUGGAAAUGGUACCAAAAAGUUUUGAGCAUCUUAUAUGUCUUGAAGAAUUAUAUUUUGAGGAUUGCAUCAACCUGAAGAAAUUAGAUGCAACAUGUGCCGAUAUAAAAGCUUUGAGAAUAUUAUCACUUUUAGGAUGUGAGAAUUUAGAAGAGAUGCCAUUGGGAUUGAAGAAUCUCUCUAAGUUGGAAAAGUUAAACUUUUCAAAUUGCAAGAAGCUAAAGAUUGCACAUGAUGCAUUUGAAGGAUUAAUAUCAUUGAAUAUCUUAGAUAUGGAUGGAUGUGAGUAAGUAAAAGUGGUACCUAAGAGCUUUGAGUGCCUUACAUGU